AUGGCUACCAAGGUUCUUCCCCAGAAGCGGGUGCUCGGGGAGACACCCAGCACUCGUCGCAAUAUCCCAUCGUCCCUGAAGAAGCGCAAGGUCGAAGGCUUUUCAUCAUCCCCAGCCCACCGCAUUGGCUCCCAGAAGAACGCGAAGAACCUCCCGGGCUCUAGUCAACCCAAGAGCGCAUUCGAAUCCGAAGUCCUCGAGAAACUCAGCCAGGACAUUUCCGAUGCGAAGCAGAACAAUACAGAGAGAGAUCAGGCUUGGGACCGGCCAGCUCUCGUCGACUUCAACCCCGAGAGGGACAACCUCGUCUUUCAGCAAAUCGAGGCCGAGGAAGGCAGCUUGCACGGCGGUCGGGCGACAGUGAAGCUUUUUGGCGUCACGGAGCAGGGACAUUCGGUUAUGCUCCAUGUCACAGACUUCAAGCACUACCUCUACGUUGCCGCGCCGGUUGCGUUCCGACCUGAAGACUGCAAUGCCUUCAAGGCAUAUCUCGAAUCGCAGGUUGCCCAACAUCAACCGUGCAUUCACUCCAUCUCUUUCGUCAUGAGGGAGAACAUUUACGGCUUCCAGGGAAACGUCCAGAGCCCCUACCUCAAGAUCACGGUCAUGGACCCCAAGUUCAUUAGCAGAGUACGAACAACAAUCGAGACGGGCAGCGCCAAUUGGAAAGGCCUUUGGAAGGGCAUGGAGGGUGGCGUCAUGACGUUCGACAACAUCCAAUAUGUUUUGCGCUUCAUGGUGGAUUGCAAGAUCCACGGAAUGUCCUGGGUUGAAGCACCCGCUAAGUCAUACCAACUCCUCAAUCAGUCACAACGGCAAUCCAACUGCCAAAUUGAAGCCGAAAUCAGCCACCUCGACCUCAUUGCCCACAAGCCUGAAGGAGAAUGGUCCAAGAUGGCACCCCUGAGAAUCUUGUCGUUCGAUAUCGAGUGCGCUGGACGCAAAGGCAUCUUCCCCGAGGCAACACACGACCCUGUCAUUCAAAUCGCCAACGUCGUCACGCGAUACGGAGAGAAGAAGCCCUUCGUGCGGAACGUGUUUUGUUUAGACACAACAAGCCCCAUCGUCGCCACACAGAUUCUUGAGUUCCAGAAGGAGGAGAAGAUGCUGAGCGAGUGGCAAAAGUUUCUCGUCAAGGUUGAUCCCGACAUCAUCAUCGGAUACAAUAUUGCCAACUUCGAUUUUCCCUAUCUGCUUGACAGAGCAAGACAUCUGAAGGUUGCUGGAUUUGAGUACUGGUCUCGCAUCCCAAGCAUAGCCUCAAAGGCCAAGGAGACAAACUUCUCCAGCAAGCAGAUGGGUAACCGCGACACCAAGGCUACCAACACCAACGGACGGUUGCAACUUGACUUGCUACAGCUGGUUCAGCGUGACCAUCAUCUGCGCAGUUACACGCUCAACUCUGUGUGCUCCAACUUCUUAGGAGAGCAGAAGGAAGAUGUCCACCACACCAUGAUUACAGAGUUGUUCAACGGAACCCCUGAGUCACGUCGUCGUCUGGCCCUGUACUGCCUGAAGGACGCGUACCUUCCGCAACGAUUGAUGGACAAGCUAUCUUGUCUUGAGAAUUACACGGAAAUGGCAAGAGUCACGGGAAUUCCAUUCAACUUUCUGCUUUCCAGAGGUCAGCAAGUCAAGUUCAUCAGUCAGCUUUUCCGUAAAGCACUGGAGCAGAAGCUUGUCAUUCCAAACCUGAGGUCGGAGAGCAGCGACGAGCAGUACGAGGGUGCAACCGUUAUCGAGCCGACAAGAGGCUACUACGAUGUGCCCAUCGCCACGCUCGAUUUCGCUUCCCUGUACCCCAGUAUCAUGCAAGCUCACAAUCUGUGCUACACGACUCUGGUCAACAAGAAGGCCAUCGAGAAGUUUGACUUGAAGAAAGACGAAGAUUACAUCGUCACGCCCAACGGCGAUACCUUUGUUACAGUCAGCAAACGCAAGGGUCUCCUCGCCCAGAUUCUCGAGGAACUUCUGGCCGCCAGAAAACAGGCGAAACGCGAGCUCGCCGUGGAGACGGAUCCUUUCAAGAAAGCUGUGCUCAACGGUCGGCAGUUGGCCUUGAAGAUCAGUGCGAAUUCCGUCUACGGUCUAACGGGAGCAACCACUGGUAAACUGCCCUGCCUUGAAAUCGCCAGUAGCACAACAAGUUUUGGUCGUCAGAUGAUUAUGAAGACCAAGGAAGAGGUGGAGUCGAAAUACUGCAUAGCCAACGGUUACUCUCAUGAUGCUCAGGUCAUCUACGGUGACACUGAUUCCGUCAUGGUCAAGUUUGGCACCAAGGACCUUCCCGAAGCGAUGAAGCUCGGCGAGGAAGCCGCUGGUUUUGUGUCUUCGAAAUUCGUCAAGCCCAUCAAGUUGGAGUUUGAGAAGGUGUACUUUCCGUACCUUCUCAUCAACAAGAAGAGAUAUGCUGGCCUGUACUGGACGAAGCCAGAGAAGUACGACAAGAUGGAUACGAAGGGUAUCGAGACGGUGCGACGAGACAACUGUCUUCUCGUGCAAACCGUCAUUGAGAAGGUGCUUCGCAUGAUUCUGAUCGAUCAAGAUGUUCAGGGUGCUCAAGACUACGUCAAGGACACCAUCGCGGACUUGUUGCAGAACAAGGUGGACAUGUCGAAGCUUGUGAUAACGAAGGCUCUUACGAAAGAUGAUUACGCCGCAAAACAAGCCCAUGUCGAGCUUGCGCACAGGAUGAAGAAGCGUGACGCUGGCUCGGCGCCAGGUCUCGGUGACCGAGUCGCAUACGUGAUGGUCAAGGGCGCGGCCGGGUCCAAGAACUACGAAAACUCCGAGGAUCCCAUUUACGUCCUCGAGAACAACGUGCCGAUUGACACCAAGUACUACCUUGAUAACCAGCUUGCGAAGCCUCUUGGCAGAAUCUUCGAGCCCAUUCUGGGUGAGACGAAGGCCAACUCGCUUCUCGCCGGAGCGCACACGAGAACAAUUGCAGUAUCGGCGCCGACCGUCGGAGGAUUGAUGAAGUUUGCGAAGAAGACGCAGACGUGCAUGGGUUGCAAGAGGCCGCUCAAGGGCAAGGAGGAGAGCGCGGGGGCUGUGUGCUCGGAUUGCGCGCCUCGGGUCGGCGAACUCUACAAGAAGACUCUCGACAAGGUGUCAGAUCUCGAGGUACGGUUCGGACGGCUCUGGACGCAGUGCCAGCGGUGCCAGGGCAGCAUGCACUGCGAAGUGAUUUGCAGCAGCAAGGACUGUCCCAUUUUUUACAUGCGUAUGAAGGCGAAGAAGGACCUUGAGGACGCGGGCAAGGACCUGAAGCGCUUCGAUUUCGACCCGGCGGCGAUCUGGUAG